AGUGAGGUGGUGAAGUCUCCUCGGUUUCUUUUCUGUUACCUAACCUAGCUAAGAGCCCGGGGGGGGCUCAUUGCCCUCUCUUGCUGCCCAUAGCGGGAAUGGUGGAAGCCAGCCUGGGAACAGAAGGGGAGGUGUGGACCAGGCCGGACCCAGCGAGGGUCCGGAUGGAAUGAGGAAGGACGGCGGGUAGGGGGAACCCCUAAGAAUGCAUACGUUCGGGGUAACUAAGGCUGGCUAGAGAAGCAGAGACCCGACUGGGAACCAACGGCUUACGGUUGCUGGAAUGUGACCGGACCGAGGAAACGGAUAAAGUAAAAAAGAGUGGGGUCUGGGGAAAGCUGUGCUACUGAGACUCGGAGCAGGCUGGAAUAAGGAGGUGAUUGGCUCCGUGGGAGUCGGAAUCAAAAGACUGGUCUACAGAGAUGGUUGACUCCACCAAGGUGUUACAACUUUUUAAAACCUUGCAUAGGACUAGACAACAAGUUUUUAAAAACGAUGUCAGAGCACUUGAAGCAUCAAGAAAAAAGAUAAAUGAAGAAUUCAAGAGUCAUAAAAAUGAGACUUCACCCGAGAAAAUAGAAGAGUUGAUCAAGAUAGGUUCUGAUGUUGAAUUAAUACUCAGAAAAUCUGUUAUACAAGGUAUUCACACAGAUCACAACACUUUGAAAUUAGUUCCUAGGAAAGAACUCCUUACAGAAAGUAAACCUUCCUGUAAUGUACCUACCCAGAAGCCUUGAAUCUUAAGUAAAGUUACACUUUAUGCCUACAAACACAAAACAACAAUUAGAAUGUGCAUCUUGAAUACAUUUUACACUGGUAGGGCACAAUGGGGAAAAGCUAAUUGUACAAAAGAAACAAUGUGUAUUUUAACUACAUUUUACAUUGGAAGGACAUCAUUGUUUUGGUAAAAACUCAUUGUGGUGAAUGUUUGGGAAAAAUAUUUGAUAAGAUUUCAUUUUUAUUGAAAAUCACUCCAUGUUUUUCCAAAGAUAAGUCAUAUAAGAUAUGUCAUAUUCAUGUUUCUUGUGAAUUUGUUUUGUAUUCUUUUGAUUUUACCAUGAGUAAUUGAGAAGGAAAUGUUUUAACAAACUGACUCGUUUUCUAUUAAAUUCUAGCCUAAAAUGUGUACUCAAAGUGUUCAAUAUAAUCAAAAAUGUUAGUGUUCUGGCA